UAUUCUGUUCAGCUAUCUGUUUUUCCCACAUGCUUACGUGCUCUAUCAUAAUUUUUUAUAAAUUCUAUUUUCAUUUCUCUCUAUGUUUGGAAUUCGAACCAUUCCACCACAUCAAUCAGUUCAAAUCAGUUCAAAACCAUGUUCGUUGCGCGAUUCGCCUUUUUCGCGUUCAUAGCCGGUUGUUUGGUUGGAUUCCUAGUCGCCGAAGAUGUGGCACCGGUUCCCGAGUGGCUCGUUUUCUCCCGACAGACCAAGUUGAACAUUCAAAUUCUGGAACCCCGUGGGAUACAGGUCUGGACCCAGUACAAAUCGAAAUAUUUGAGCUUUGGCGUUGAGCUGUAUGUGAAUCCCACCGAAGCUGAUGAUAGACCUUUGGCGUGUGGCCUUUGCCGUAAUGUGAGUCAUGCUGUUGAUGGCAAGUUCUGGAUUCAGGAUAAUCAGCUUCCGGUAAAACUGGGCGACACGAUUAAGUAUCGCACUGUCAAGAUUAAGACUAAUGAAGUCAAGUGGUCACCGUGGAAAUAUGUGUUCGUUGAUGAAAAAUUAUUUUUUGAUUCGCAAAAGUAUUGCGCAUCGCACUGUGCACUCUCCGAAGAAAUGGCAAAAGUGCGAUACCUGGAACGGUACUUGGAGAAUAUGCUUGCAAACUGUGAAUCAAGGCAAGUUUCGGAACUUUUAUUCGUUCCUUUGGAGCAAGCUUCAGCAUUGGUAGAUAAUGCCGAGCGAUACAUCAAAACCCGUUUAUAUUCGGUCGAAGUACUGAGACCCCUGGUUGAGGAUGUCGGAAAUUGCUUUACGGCCUCCGAUGGAGUGGGCUUUAAAAUGCGCACUGUUUUAGAAAAGCUCAAAGUUUUGGAAGCGGGUCGUGAACUGCUCGGUGUGGUGGACUUUGAUGAGUAUUUUACUGAACCGAGUCCCAGUCGUAAGGAUGAUACACACUAUACGGCUGGGGGUGACUAGAGCAUGUCAUCAAACACGGGAAAACAAGUGAAAGCAAGUCGCGAAAAGGACACGUGUGUGUUUUUCUCAUGGGAAAAGUCAAAUAUUAAGUUCGCUGGAUGAAAUUUAAAUUAAGUACAAACUCUUUCCGACUAUAACGUGA